ACAAUAUGAUUUAACUAAAAGCAAAAAUUUACUCGAAAUUACAGUUGACAGUAAUUGACAUGAAUAGGAAAUCAUUAAGUGCUUGAAGCGAUAUUUCCAAAGGAAAGUUUCCCGUCCGUUGGUGGAGUUUAAAAGACCAGUAAAUCCAUGCAAGUGAUCAUUAUUGGGUGGCACCUUAUCAAAUAUUAAAGAGACACUCGAGGUGAGUGUUGAUUAUUGCUGUAAUAGCGAGUGGCGUCAAAGGCCACGUGUAAGGGGUGACCUGUUCACCACCGUUUGAACAAAACACUUCUAAUGGUUUACCUGUCAACUAUCAGUCAAACAAGCACCCUAUAAAACCAGCGGAAAGGUUGCCUAACAAUCAGAUCGACCGAAAUAUUAGAAGUGAUAAGUGGUUAGAAAAGAAAUACAUGGGGCGGACGUUGCCAACGCCGGUGCCUUGUCGAGUUUGUGGGGACAGAUCUUUUGGCAAACACUAUGGGGUUUAUUGCUGUGAUGGGUGUUCGUGUUUUUUCAAGAGGAGUGUCCGCCGGAACAUUAUUUACACGUGUAUUUCUGGCGAGGGUCGCUGUAUUGUUGAUAAAGCAAGACGAAACUGGUGUCCCUAUUGCCGAUUACAACGCUGUUUUGCCGUUCAAAUGAACGUAGUCGCCGUCCAAGAGGAACGUGGGCCAAGAAAACCGAAACUCGUCUCCAGAAAGCCUUCUUACUCGAUAAAUUCCGAAAGUUUUGUCUACUCUACUGUAUCCAGACCCCUUCCUCCGGAAACCAACCCAAUCCAUGAAUUAGCCGCCCAAAUUUUGCUCGUCGCUAUAAAACAAGCCCGCUGUAAUUCCGGCUUUGGAUUACUGAAUCGUGCUUCGCAAAACUUGAUUUUGAGCCACUUGUGGGCGCCUUUAUUUCUGCUAAGGGCGGCUCAUUGGCCCUCUGAAAGCGCUGACUUAUUCCCAGGUGUUAAGGGCACUUUCAGGGUUGUCAGACAGUUAAAACUAAACUUAACGGACUUGGAAAUAGUUGAAAAUAUUUUGCUAUGUAGGGCGGAUAUUUUGGAUGACGUGGAACAGAUAACAUUGGCUUUGAACGUUUUGACGAGAGCUUUAGACGAACUGGCGGUUAGAACAGUCUUGGAGAGAAGAAGAUUUGCCGAUAUUUUGCUCGCUUUGCCUGUGCUUUUUGUACCAUCGGCUGUAGUGUUGCAUUCUUUGCUUUUUAAGCCGGUUAUUGGAGCUGUUCCUAUCGAAACCGUAAUUUCCACGAUUUAGAGAAAUAAAAAAGGGUGUUAGUAUAUGUAUGUCACAUGUUUA